AUGUUGUCACUAAAAAAUGUGUAUUUUUUCCAAGCUGGAAUUGGAAUCUUAGCCAAUGCCUUUCUCCUUCUCUUCCACAUCUUCAACAUCUACCAGAAUCAUAGGCCUAAGCCCACUGAUUUGACCACCUGCCACUUGGCUUUUGUUCACAUAGUGAUGCUACUCACUGCAUUGGAUACAUUAUCUGCAGACAUGUUCAUGUCGCUGAAUUUUCCAAAUGACUUCAAAUGUAAGGCUUUGCUCUAUAUGAGCAGGGUGAUGAGGGGCCUGUCCAUCUGUACCACCUGCCUCCUCAGCAUCAUCCAGGUCAUCACCAUCAGCCCCAGCACCUUCUGCUUGUCAAGAUUUAAACAUAAACUCACAAAUUAUGUUAGCUAUGCUUUCUUCUGUUUUUGGUCCCUCAACUUGUCUUCCAAUAGUAACAUGAUCAUCUAUACUGUAGCUCAUUCCAACAUGACUAAUUUAUUCAAUAUCAAUAUGUACUGCUCACUUUCCUCAAUGAAACCCAUCAUCAUGGAAAUAUUUUUGACACUUGCAUUGUCCCAGAAUGUCGUCUUUGUAGGAAUCAUGCUGCUCUCCAGUGCAUACAUGGUGAUUUUCUUAUCAAGCCAUGAGAGGAGGUCUGAGUACCUUCACAGCACAAGCAUUACCCCAAGAACCUCCCCAGCAAAAAGGGCCACCCAGACUGUCUUGCUGCUGGUUAGUUUCUUUGUGAUAAUGUACUGUUUAGAUAUCAUCAUCUCAUCCUUCUCAACCAUAUUUGGAAAAUAUGAUCCAGUUAUAUGGGAUGUCCAGAGACUUGUGGUUAAUGUCUAUGCCAUGGCUAGUCCUUUGGUGUUUAUUAGUUCUGAUAAAAGAAUAAUUGGUAUUUUUCAAAAACAUGAUUGA